CACACUUGUAUCAGUGUUGCUCUUCCUCGUUAAAUAUGUUCACCAAUAGUGUCAUCAGCACGGGACGGCAGGAUCAAGAAAAGCAAGGGCAGGCCGGAAACUCUGGGAGCCUGACCUGCACACAAGACGUAGCACAAAAACACACAUAGUGGAACAGAAAAAAUAUCACAAGUUGUAACAGGGUGCUGGAGGGUUGUUAUAGUUAGUUUUAUUUUUUUUUUUGUAGUGGGUUCUUGGGGUGGUUACUUUCAACCAUCUACUACGGAAGCUACAUCUCUCCCACUGCUAUUGCACAGUAGAUCUGUAUCUCGCUUUCCUUCUGAUUAUAACUAAUUUUAUAGUUACUACCAAUUUUCAGGUAUCACAGGGUUCAAUUUAAGAUUAUAAAGUGAAGCACGGGUUAAAGAAUGGGUGGAAAAAAGUUUGGACGGAGAACUGACGAUUAUGUGAAUGCACAGAACUGGCAACCAAGGCACAAAGCAUGCUCAGAUAUCUCUGACCGCACUGAGCUGAAAGACAAGAAGAAACCAGGAAAGAUCUUCAGAUAUGCUUUUGGUCUCCUAAUACUUGGUGUUUUAUUAACACUCUGUGCUGUAGGGAUCCUUUAUCACAAUAAAGUGAUUUCACAUGAGAUAUUAAGUAAGCAGUAUUCUAAUGUUACUGAAACAUUGAUGAUGCAGGAACAUGAAACCAAGGAAAUAAAAAAACUGUUUGAAGCACUGAAGGUGGAGCAUCAGCAAGUUCAGGAGGAACUUGCAGCAUGCAGUGCAAAUAAAAACAAUGGACAAUGUGAGGAAGGAUGGAAGUCUCUUGGUUUAAAGAGUUAUUACUUCUCCAGUUUUAAACUGAACUGGACACAGAGUCGAGAUUACUGUGUGGAGAAAGGAGGCCACCUGGUGAUUAUAACCAGCCAAACUGAACAGGAUUUUGUAGUUUCACAAAUUGGAGAAACACACUGGAUUGGUUUGAAUGACUUGGAGACUGAAGGACAGUGGAUGUGGGUGAACAACAAGCCUUUAAAGGAGACAGGUGUAACAUUCUGGUAUAGCGCUCCCGGGAGACCAAAUGAGCCUGAUAACUGGAAAAAGAAGGACCCUUCUGGAGAGAAUUGUGCUGCUCUGGGGGAUGCUCAUGGUAACAUACAUACAUGGUUUGAUGCUUCUUGUAGUAGAAUCAAAAAGUGCAUCUGUGAAAAGUAAAAGACUUUUCACUUACAUGUGAGUCUGCAAACACUUGUUUUUAUUAAUGGAGGACAAUUCUUGGUUGUUGACUAUAAAUAUUUGAUAUUGUAAAACAGCUAAGGUUAAGUUUAUCUAUGGUUUCUUUUUCAUUUUUCAUACUUGGAUCAUGUGUGUGGAUUUUCUCCUUCUGCUUGUGGAAUCUUGUAAAUUGUACUGUAGGAAUGAACAUGUGUCUUUAUGAAUGAAGUGUGUCCAGACUAUGUUAGCUGAAGCUAGAUGUAACCUUAAGUUGCUUUGAAUAAAGAAAUUUAAUAAAAUUGUACAAGUCUGGGGAAAAAACUGAU